AUUUGUUACAACGAUACACUUUUAUUCAAUAAAUCAUGUAAACCACCGAUAAGGAAUUCAAACAUAAAACGUGUGGAGGAACACACAUUGUAUUAUCGAGUUGUUACUACAAAAUUCACUAAAACAGGAAAGUUCAUUUCAAGUUAUAAUUGGGAACACGAUACAGAAAAAAGAAGUAAUUGACGAGAUCGCCGACCAUUUCAAGAAUGCCUUGGACGGGGAACAAUUUAUCCGCAAAAUGGUUAAUGGAGAGAAAAUACCAGAGACACCUGGAUUAGUAAUGUUCACGGCUCCGUAUAAACUGUGUGAUGGCGGGUGCAAGGAAAACGCCGGCGGUAACAUCGGUUUCCAGUUCCCUCUUUUCAUUGGAAGAAAAGGAAGAGAGGUUUACAAACGUAUUUUCGGAAAGAAUGAAGGUCCAUUUAAAAAAAAGACUUCUAGGCCUGCUAGAACCACUGAGACUGCAUGUAUAACUUUGAAUGUGGUUGAUACUACUACAACUACGACUACUACGACUACCACUACAACUACUACUACUACUACAACCGAAGCGCCUACCACUACUACUACUACUACAACUGAAGCUCCUACUACUACAACUACUACUACUACUACAGAAGCUCCUACAACUACAACCACCACUGAAGCGCCUACUACUACUACUACAACUACUACCACUACUACUACUACGGAAGCUCCUACCACUACAACCACCACUGAAGCACCUACUACAACUACUACUACAGAAGCCCCUACUACGACGACCGUUCCCAUUGUACGCUGCCCCUAUUACCCACCCGAUGUUUGUUUGAAACGUUUAAAGAAAAGGCAAGGUGCACUCCCUCCUCCCACUAUUUCUGAGGAAUCUAUCACUGUUACUGAAGAAUCUAUCGCCAUUACUGAUAAAUCUUCCACUACGAGCACAAAGCCCACUAUUGCAGAUUGCAUAGACGAUCCUCCUGGCAGUUGCAUGCUCCUGAAAAUGCGUGGGAAACACGAAGUGACAAACCGGACAACACAACCCCUAUUUUAUGAAGAAAAAAACAUUACAGAUAGUGCAGAAUAUUACCAAUAUUACCACGAGUAUUCUGCGUAUGUACUUAGAAAAGAAAAAAUAACAAAACAUAAUGAUACUAUUAACUUUGAUAAAGAUUUCGAUGACAAAUAUUACCCAAAGAUCUCUGAAGAUCAUUUCUUUAAAAAAGACUUUGGUGACAAACACUUUGAUGACAAAAAUUUUGACGACAAAAACAUUGAUGACAAAUACUUCGAUGACGAAAACUUUGAUGACAAAAACUUUGAUGACGAAAACUUUGAUGACAAAAACUUUGAUAACCAAAACUUUGAUGACCAAAACUUUAAUGACCAAAACUUUGAUGACCAAAACUUUGAUGACCAAAACUUUGAUGACCAAAACUAUGAUGACAAACACUUUGAUGACCAAAACUUUGAUGACAAACAUUUUGAUGACAAAAACUUCGAUGACGAAAACUUUGCUGACAAAACCUUUGAUGAUAAUUUAUUUCAUACAAAAAGUGGGUAACAAACUACAAAUAAAAUGUUCUAUUAACAACAUGAUUAUUAAUAAGUGGUUUUAAAAGUGGUCAUAAAAUAGUACUUGGCACAGUCGUAAAGAUUGGUCUGUACCUGUCUGUCAGCCAAAUAAAUAAUUUAAAAUUCACCUUAAAACGAUAAUGUUUUCCAUGAAUAUUUGUAACGGCGAGCAAUUUUUGCAAGAUAAAAAAAUAUAUCUGAAAGAUAAUUAUGGACGCAUUUAUAUUAUGCGUCGUCAAAGGGAAUAUGACGUUGAUAUUUCAACUAUUUGAUGAAAAACGGUUAUCGAAAUACUGGAUCGAAAUGUUUGUGGUUUUGAAUCAACAUGAAUGGAAAACUGGAACGAAUAUUGAGCAUGAUGAUUUUUAUCAUACCUGUACAGGAAUAAUAUGAAAAUUAAUUUAAAAUAGUAAUUUAGGUGUUAUUAUAUUUUUGAAUGGAAUAAUCCUUUUACGUUUUAAUGGAAUUAUGUAUUUGAUAUUAAUGUUUACUUCACAUGAA